AAUAGACAUUGGAGCCAAUUUAUCUGGUAAUAAUAUCAAUCUAGUCAUUAGUUGCUUACAAUUUAUUAAAUUAAAUUAUUUUAGUGUUGUAGAUUCAAUAUAGAAUUUUUCGUGAAAUGUCUGGUCUAGUUCCGAUAGGCAUUAAAAUUUUAAUUUUGGUAUUUUCUCAAAUAUUAAAACUCCAAGAAAGUCUGGUUGCAUGAAAAGAUAUAGUUUAUUAGCUUAAACAAAACAAAAAAGCCAAACUCAUGUCACUAUUAAAGUAAUAAAUUCUUAAAAUUAUUUAUUAAAAUAAUUUACCAGUAAUGAAUGUUUCACAUCAUUAGUUAGAAAAGUUUUCAUAGCAUAAAUUUUUAAUUUUCUAACAACCCAUAGAAAAUGCAACUUUAUUUAUUUGUAUUUUCAGAUUCAGUUUAUCACGGUAGUUACCAUGGCAAGAAAGUUCAUGAAGGUAUUAUAUAUUUCUGAGUAGUUUCUAUGCUAGUUGAAAUCAAUAAGAAAAAAGAAAGAACUGAUAGGAACUGAUGUUGCUGCUAAAUUUUAUUUUUCAUCAAAUUAAUAUUUAUGAUAUUUAUCAACACCAUAACUUACAAAAAGUUCCAUGCCUACAGUGGCAAAAAAUUGAGGAGGAUCUAAAACAAAAAUGGAUCCAUAAGUCUACUCCCUGAUAAAAAAUAUUAAUUUUCCUUCUACACAUUGAAUGCAUUAACAGAGAUGAAAGUUUGAGUAUUGGUGUAAGUUUGUCAGACGCUAACAGCCCUCUUCAGGUUUCUUAUAAAAAUUUCAGAUGACCUCAUUCAUGUUGUCAACAGAGCUAAAGAACAUGGAGUACAAAAGGUGAGUAAAUAUUUAGGCCUAGAAAAGAUAAAAUAGAAAUAUCUUUAGGACCUUGUCAUAAUAAAAUGUUACGUUUGCCUUCAUGAUAUCUAAUUAUUGUCAUUAAAUUUACAUUUUAUUUACCAAUUAAACUAUUAUUCAGUGCGCCACUCCUAUAAAAUUUCAAAACAGUACAAAUAUAUUUAUUUAAAUUUAUACCUAAAAAAUUUCCUUUUUCAAGAAUUUUUAUAUACUUUAUCUAUAAAAAAAAGUUCUAUUCAAUAUUUAACUGCAAAUUAAAAAAAAUAAGAGCUAAAUUUUCAAUUAAUUUGAUACUAAUUACUGGUAUUUCCUUUAAAAUUUUUGUUCACAGAUUAUUAUCACUGGAGGGUCUUUAAAAGAUUCACAAACUGCUUUAAAUCUGACAAAACUGGACGGUAAGAAGAAAUUAAUGGAUAAUUUAUAAACACAUUUGCAAUGGUAACUUUUCUAUAGCAAGUGUUAGCGGUUCAGCUUUUUCUCUGGGUAAAUUGCUGGAUGAAAUGUAAAUGAGAAACACACAGUAGUGAAAACUUGAUAAACAAAAUGACACAGCAGAAAAGCCUACUUCAGCCAACAACAAAUGACAAAUAGAAAAUGAAAGUUAAAAUGAAAAAGAAUAAAAUGUUCUUCUCAACUAGAGUAUACUGUUUGAGAACAAAAUGGGUGGAAUGAAAUCUUUAGUAAGGUGGCUUUUCUUGAUGGAGAGGUUUUACCCUGAGUAAAAAGAAAACUCAACCACAUAUUCAGAAGAGGUCAGCCAACUUUGGCUAGACAAUUUGACUAGUAAUUGCCUUAAAUUCUGGAAUUCAAUUAUAUACUUUAAACAUAUAUUAAUAUUAUAUAUUAGCUUGUAAGCCCCACUACUGUUAUUGGUUUCAGAUUUGUAUAACAGAAGCUGAAUUGCUAGGAAGAAAAAUAAAAUUGAUGAAGGGCUCAUAACAAAGAUGUGAUAUACAUUUUGACACUGAAUUUAAUACUUAUUUACAGAUAGUCUUUUCUGCACAGUUGGAUGUCAUCCUACAAGAUCUCUUGAAUUUGAAAACGAUGGCCAGGAUCCUGAUGCUUACUUACAAGAACUUAUUAACUUGGCGAAUAACAACAAGGAUAAAGUAGUAGCCGUUGGAGAGAUGGGACUAGGUAAAGCCUUGGUGGUUUAAUGAAAACUUUAGGUAUUGUAAUGAAACCUGCAGUUUUAUUUUUGGAAGUAAAAGAAGGACCACUUUUUCUUUGAACUAAAACUUUGACCAUUUAUCUGUAACUAUACUGUCUGGUUGUUUACCCGUUUCUUUUACAUUUCUGAAAUGUGAAUGAAAUUUGUUUAUUGAACUAUUGUAAGUGAUAAUUUCCCAGUUAGUUUUUUAAAACAAACUCAUAUUUUAGAUUCUAAUUUUUUCUUUCUUUCAGACUUUGACAGACUAAACUUUGCUCCCAAAGAAGCACAAAUGAAGUAGGUAUCCACACUUACAUGCUGCCAGCGUUUAACACAUACAUUAACUCACAAUUUUUUUUAUUAUUUAUCUCACUAAUAGCAUUUAAGCAGCUUGCAACCACUUUUCAAUACAACACCUAUAACUUCAGAUAGAUAACUUCAGACAAUUGCAGCAAGAUAGACUGCAGCUAAACGGUAGAGAACAAUCCAUGUAGUUCUGUUUGACAAAUUUAGCCUCAAUCAGUCUAUCUAGACUGCUUACUUGUGUGCUCUUGAGGCAAAUGUGAGAAUUAUGAUGGAGCUCUAGAUCCAUUCUGUUUUUUUUUUUAGCCAGUUGGUUACACUGUUUCCAUUUCUCCAAAAGGUAUUUUGAAAAACAGAUGAAUUUAAUCACAGGCACAAAGUUGCCUGUUUUUUUCCACUGUCGAGCAGCCCACCCAGAGUUUUUGUCCAUCCUCUCAAAACAUAGGGACAGCAUACCAGGUGGAGUGGUAAGAAAUUUUUUUCUUCUCAUUUGUACAUCCAUUUGAAUGAUAGACUAUUUAAAAAAUGAAAUGAAUUUAUGUCAACAACAAUAGGAAACACAAUUUUCUAAAUUUUGUUUUAGGUGGAGUGGAACAAUAUUUAUGUUAUUUUGAAAUAUAAUUUUAAAAAAAGUGAUCCCAAUUAAACAGUAACAACUUAUCUAAUUUAUUCAUUAAUGUUAAACUAAAUUUUUCUGUGUCAGGUACAUUCUUUUACGGGUACCAAAGAUGAAGCUGCAUCAAUUUUAGACUUGGAUUUCUAUAUAGGGAUAAAUGGAUGGUGAGUAAAUUUAGUUAUUUUUGACCUCCUGAAAUAAUUAUAUUUAUAAAAGGUGUAAUUUAAAAAAAAUUCCAUUUAUUGUUUUGACAAUUGCUCAUCGGCAGAGAAAAAAGUUACAUAUAAUUAUAGGGCAAAAUAAAUGUUUAAAAAAAAAAAAAUGCCUUCUAGAUAUUAAUAAUUAAUAUAAACUACAAGAAGGGAUGGGGGAACUGAACUCCCCACCCCCCCCCGAAUAGAUCUGCUUUUAAUGUUUUGUUUUUAACUGAAAUAUUACAUAGUAAUUCUUUGUUUUAGUUCACUGAAGACUCAAGAUAAUAUUGAUGUUAUGUGUUCAAUACCUAGUGACAGGCUCAUGAUAGAAACA